UGACAGUGUCAUAGCAUACAUGUUCCAAAAAGGUCACAACUAUGACUUUCUUUUACAACAGUAGCUGCAGUGAUAAAGAAUAACGGAUGCCAAACUUGAAUAAUAAGUACUUCAUUUGUAAUAAAUCUAUAAUGAUCAGAAUCUACCUAUAAAACAACUAUUAUGAUUCAGUCCAGACAGGACAAUCUGUGAGACAGAGCUGUACUAUACACAUGAGGAGGACAUGGGCGCGCCUGAAUGAGGCAUCAACAAAAAUGAUGCGUCCAGUUCGACCAAUCACCUGUAACUCGAUUGUUGAAGUGUAGUACACAGGGGUAGAGUUUUUCCACUCAAGACAAGUUGUGAAGAGGAUGACAACUUUAAAGAUGAUCACACUGUGUCUGAUAUUUCCACUUCUCGUAGAGAUGGUUGAUGUGCUAGCUGGAACGGAGUCUUCAUCCAUACGUCAAGAGAGUGGUUUCAUAUCAGCCAACGUUGGAGACACAGUGGUAUUGCAUUGCUUUCAAGAAAGUGACAUGGCAGUAUUGUUCUCUUGGUACAAGCAAACCUUGGGAGAUAAACUUCAACUCUUCUCAACUGUCAAUAAGUUUGAAAGGAACGCAACAUUCUACCAUGAAUUUAAGGAUAACCCUCGCUUCUCGGUGGAAAAUGGCCAAGAAAAGAAUCACCUAAGGAUCUCAGACAUGCAACUGUCAGAUUCAGGCACUUACUACUGUGGGAGCUCUUAUAGCAAUAAGAUGGAGUUUGGAGAAGGAGCCAUUCUCAUUGUAAAAGUUUCAGGGUCCAGAAACAUGACUGUGCUCCAGCAAUCUGUGUCCGAGUCGGUCCAGCCAGGAGACUCUGUGACUCUGAACUGUACAAUACACACUGAGACCUGUGCAGGAGAAUACAGUGUCUAUUGGUUCAGACAUGGCUCAGGAGAAUCCCAUCCAGGAAUCAUUUACACCCAUGGAGACAGGAGUGAUCAGUGUGAGAAGAGCCCUGAGGCUGGGUCUCCUACACAGAGCUGUGUCUACAACCUCCCCAAGAGGAACCUCAUCCUCUCUGAUGCUGGGACUUACUACUGUGCUGUGGCCUCAUGUGGGCAGAUACUGUUUGGGAAAGGGACCAAGCUGGACAUUGAGGGCCAUAGAGCAGACCCUCUUCUCUUGGUGUACUGCCUGGGUGUAGCAUUGGCUCUUUCGUUCAUCCUGAUCAUUGCACUUGCUAGCAUCAUGUACAAGAUGAACAAGAGAAAGUGCAGAGAACUGGUCUCUCAGACAAGAGGUCCUACAGUUUCCCAGACAGACGCAGGGGCCGAAGAUGCAGACAGUCUCCAUUAUGUAGCUCUGAAUCUGAGCAACAAGAACAACAGGUCUAGAAGACAGAGAAGCAACAUGGAGGAAGAGACGGUGUACUCUGGGAUCAGACAGUAGAACUGGAUGAAUGAAACAGUUGUCAUUGUAUGCAAGAUACCUCUUUAAUAACUAGCUCUAUAUGAAUGCUUCAGUAAAAUGUGAUAGACUCUUUCAAGUGUAAUAUAAAGUAAAAAAUAAUUGAAUGUA